AUGGCCUCCAUUCUGAACAUUUACAAGACACCACAGGCACUUCCCCUUUCUGUCUGCAAUGACCACUGCCAUCCCGGCUACAGCAAGAAAAAAAAGGAGGGAGAGAAAUUUUGCUGCUAUGACUGCAUCGCAUGUUCAGAAGGGAUGGUGUCUGAGCAGAUGGACAUAGAUACUUGUGUUGAAUGUCCAGAUGAUCGUCAUCCCAGCAAAGACAAUAACCAAUGCAUUCCCAAGGUCACAAGCUACCUUUCCUAUAAAGAGACUUUAGGGAGCAUCUUAGCUAUGUUAGCUAUUACUUUCUCUCUGGUAACAACCUUGGUGCUUGGAACCUUCGUGAAAUACAAGGAUACUCCCAUCAUCAAAGCCAACAACCAAAGCCUCACCUACAUUCUCCUCAUCUCCCUCCUCCUUUGCUUCCUCAGCAACUUGAUCUUCAUUGGUCAGCCAAGGAAGAUAACCUGCCUUCUCCGCCAAACGACUUUUGGCAUCAUCUUCUGUGUGGCCCUUUCCAGUGUAUUGGCCAAAACCAUCACUGUGGUUCUGGCCUUCAUGGCCACCAAACCAGGAUCCAAGAUAAGGAAAUGGGUAGGCAAAAAAAUGGCAUAUUCUAUUGUUCUUUCGGGCUCCUUUAUUCAAACACUGAUUUGUACUCUUUGGUUAAGUACUUCCCCUCCAUUCCCAGAAAAGAAUAUGAACUCAGUGCCGGAGACAAUCAUACUAGAAUGUAAUGAGGGCUCUGUUACUAUGUUUUAUUCUGUCCUUGGCUAUCUUGUAUUUCUGGCAAUUGUGAGUUUCACUGUUGCAUUCCUAGCUAGGAAGUUACCUGACAGUUUCAACGAAACCAAAUUUAUCACCUUCAGUAUGUUGGUCUUUUGCAGUGUUUGGUUUUCCUUUGUUCCAACUUACCUGAGUUCCAAAGGGAAAUACAUGGUGGCUGUGGAGAUCUUCUCCAUCUUGUCCUCCAGUGCUGGCUUAUUGGGUUGCAUCUUUUUUCCUAAAUGCUACAUCAUUUUGCUGAGGCCAGACCUGAACAGGAGGGAAUGGAUAAUGAAGAAAGUGUGA